AUCACGGCAGCAGAACCGUGUCAGAGGGCAAUCUCGAAAUCCAAACAGUGACAAGUAUUGGCUCAGGCCGCCGGGUUAGUGGCCCAGUGGACUUCAGAGCCAAAACGCCCACCAUGGUGACUCCUGUGCGCUCAAGGAACGGUGGUGGAGAACGUUACCCUCUGACCGACGAAGCGACGAUGGAAUCGCCAUAUUCGCGAGCCCGAACUCCGUCUGACGCUACCACCACUGAACACUCGAGUCCCAAAUCGACCCGCGGAAGCUCUCGACCAUCGACAGCCACAGGGUCACGCCCGUCUAGCAAACAAGGCCUGAACGAAGUCGGCUUGUCCGGUCCGUCGAGCGGAAAGCGCGGAUUGCCGGAUCACAAGGCGAAGUGGGUGGAAGGUAUGAUUGAGCGCGCCAAGGCGAGCGCAGAGAAGUCCAAGGAUGGAGAGUUCAAGGAGCUCGGCAAGGUCGGUGGCACCAGACGCAUGAUCUUCCGGUCAGCCUCCGGAACUGGCGAGAGGCCAAAGUGAGGAACAGUUCGAGAAG